AUGCAAGCCACCCGCCCCCUUUUCGGUUCACAUUCUGACACAUCAGCUAUUAAUGUCAAGACGUUGGUCACCGACCUCUUCAACCAAAUGCGCGAUCCAUCUUCCACCGCGUCCACCCCCAAGGGUUCCACUGGGUCCCUGAACAUCACCAAGAAUGUGGGUUUCCAACAGCAGAACGGUUCUGAACACCUACCUUGGGCGAGCCCCGCUAUUUCACUGCCUGGGAACUGCAAUUCCAACUUAGCUAGUGAAACACCAGCGUUAGUCAGGAGUGUCAGCAACGCAUCAGCCCUUACUUCUCUUUGCGCUGAUCUGUCGCCGUCGGAAUCACAUUUUUUUGAGGUGCUGUAUAUAGGUAAAGUAAGAAUAUCGCAACGGAAAGUACCUGAAUCGCUAAUAGAUGACGCUUUACACAAAUUUGCUCAGCACGAAGCUGAGAAGAUGAGAUUGGGACGACGACAUAGCCUUUUGUCUUCCACUGGGACCUCAAUAAGUAACAACUCAGUCGAAAGCCUCCAAGAUUCCACAACUUCACACGAAAACUUCAAAAAGAUUUUAAUACCCAGCACAACGCCAUUAGAACCUGAUAAGAGUACAGCAUGGAAGAGCGCUGAAUACCUAAACAAACCAGAACUACUCGUAGAUAAGGAAUUCGAUGCCUUCACGAAAGAAAGAAGUGAGAAAAACAUUAAAGGUGAGCCUAUAGGUAUAAUAAAGAAUAACUUAGGUACUGUUAAAGAAGACGAAGAAAGGCAUGAUGAAAAAUCAGAUUUUACUAAUACAAAUCCAUUUAAAGAAGUAAAGAGAGUAAAGACGGUGACGUUAGAUCCAUUAUUACAAAUAUCGGAAAUGGAAAAUGGCAAACCGGUUCUUAGAACGAUAAGUUCAGAGGAAAGAGCAGGAGAAAGUAAGAGAAAUGUGAUUAAUUUUGAUGAGAUAAGAAAAAAUGAUGAGAGGAAGAAUUCUCUGCCUGAGAAUAAACCGUUUUUGAGAGAUAGAUCUGCGUCUAUUGGAACGUUAAAUUUAAAAACUCCAUUAGCGCAUUUGAUCGGGGAACAGAACAGAACUAUGUUAUUUCAGGUCGGCCGUUCUGAGCUUCGUUUAAUUAGCCCGGAUAGAAAGCAAAUAUUACUCCACCGGGCGUUCAAAGAUGUCGCUAGUUGCGUCCUUGGUAGAGUUAAUAAGGAGCACUUUGGUUUCGUGUGCCGUGAAACUAACGACACUUACGCCUGCUACGUUUUCAAAUGUGAGAGCGAAGAUAUAGCCAAUGAAGUGGUUGGUGCCAUUAAGCAAGCGUUCGUCGCUCACGCGGAGUUAUUGAAGAAAUCGCGGGAAAAGUCACCAAACAUGACGUGUGAGCAUUGCCCAAUGCUCUGGUACCACAGACUAUGUCACGAUGUUGAAGGUAUGAAUGAGAAGAAAACUCACGCUUUCGCCCUUCGACGAAUCGAGUCAUUACCUGAAGAUGAACAGGAACUCAUCAUCACCAAAUAUCAGGGUGGAACUAAUCACAUGUUUGAGGUUAGUGAACAUAACGCUUUUCUCAUGAUGCUGUUACGAGCUCAUUGCGAGUCCAAACAACAGAGGCACGUCCAUGAUACAGCAGAGAAUAGAUCGGAAUUUCUAAACCAGUACUUAGGUGGUAGCACCAUAUUUAUGAAGGCCAAACGGUCGCUCUCAAGUGGAUUCGAUCAUUUGCUGAAGAGGAGACAGGGGCAAGAUGUACCGCCGACAAUAGUGAAAAAGGAACCGUCACCAAAGCCGCCACCUCUGAACUUAGAGACAUCAUCAGAGCCAAAUAACUGCGAAUUAUUAUCACCAGAUUCAGUCAGAUGCAAGUCUUUAUCACCAGCCGUUUUAACAGAACACUAUACUCCAAAAUCCUCACCACCAGUGCUUGAAGAUUACAUAGACGGUUCGAAAGAGAACACGCCUACCCUCAAUUCACCGAUGAUGGAUAUAUUCCUGAAAGUGAGUGAUUCCCGACCAGUCCAUUCAGAAGCCAGCGAAACGGAUACAACGUGGCGUCAAGCUAUUUACGAGAAGGUGGUUCAGCAUGAAGUGCUUGAUGGAGACCCAUCAAAGUCACUUCUCGGCAGGACUGUAUCGGGCAAAAGAUCAAAGGAAGAGUUACGACAGCUUUGGAAAAUGGCUAUAGACCAGACUGUGCUGCUGGUGAGAAUGGAGAAGGAGAAUGCUAAGCUUAAAGAAAGUGCCGAAUCGUCAGCCGUGCGCCGCAUAAAGUUGGAAUACAAUGAGCUCAGUUCGUGUGAAAGCGGUGUCAGUCUAAUGUGGGACUCGCUUCUGUCCCGGGACACCACCCACCCUGUCAACAAAGUGGACAGACAUAUGCUUAUACAGGCUGUUAGACAGGGUGUACCAAGGAUCGUCCGCGGUGGUGUGUGGUACUUCUUAGCGGAGCAGGCGUGUCUACGUCUCCCCCCUCCCGAUACGAAAAGUUUCCCCGACUACAAUACCCCCUAUAGGACACUUCUCUCGGGCCUCACUAAACAUCAACAUGCGAUACUUAUUGACUUAGGUAGAACGUUCCCGAAGCAUUCUUACUUCGCGUCGGCCUUGGGACCUGGGCAGCUGGCCUUGUACAACAUUCUCAAGGCCUAUUCUCUACUCGACCCAGAUGUUGGAUAUUGUCAAGGUCUAAGCUUUGUCGCUGGUGUGCUCUUGUUGCAUAUGGAAGAAGGUGAGGCGUUCAUCUUGCUUCGACACUUGAUGUUCCGACGUGGGUUACGGAAGCAAUAUCUACCAGACAUGAGUGCUUUACAGGUGCAGCUAUACCAGCUUUCUCGUCUCUUACGUGACCAUGAACCAGAAUUGCACGCAAAGUUGGAAUCACUGGACAUCUCUCCCGCCCUUUACGCCGCACCCUGGAUGCUGACGCUGUUCACCAGUCAAUUUCCUCUUGGAUUCGUUGUUAGAGUGUUUGACCUUGUAUUCGUGGAAUCCCUGGACGUUGUCUUCUCUAUAUCCUUAGCGUUACUAUCAGCACAUAAAGAUGGAAUCAUGAUGUGUGAGAGCUGUGAAGAAGCAGCCGAAUAUCUUAAACACAAGUUACCUGAAGUCGACAAGACUAUUUACAACAAGGUUAUGAAAAUUGUCCACAAGCUGGAUAUAUCUCGCCAGCUCACGGAAUAUGCAGUGGAGUACAGCGUCCUUCGGGAGGAAAUGCCUCGCCUGGCCACCCUCACGGAGCAGAACAGACAGCUCGUGGAAGACGCUCAGCGGAUGACGUCAGAGCUUGAUUCUGCAAUGGACGCCCUUACAAAUUACCAGAAAACGCAAUCUCGCCUCGAGUCACAGAACAAACAGAUGGAACAACACUUAACUCUACUCAGUCGCUACAUAUCCAACAAACACGACGUACCACACGAGAUCAAGAAAAUAGUACAAAACUACACGAAAAAACUGUCAUUCAGCUCGAAAAUCACGUCAUUCACAAAGUUCUCGUCGAACGAAGACGAAGAAGACAUUAAAAAGCAGAAGAGUGCUCCGAAUCUCUUCGCGAAAACGUCAAAAGAAGACGUAGCGAACGCAAUGAAAAUAAACGAAGACAGGAAACACUUUUUAAUGAAGAAAUCUCAAUCGGUGCACUCUGGACUGAUAGCGAAUAAGCCACCGUUGAAAGUCUUGGAAGAAACGGAAAGCUAUAAGCGAGGUACGGAAGGAAGAAAGCACAGUUUGACAGAUGCAAUGAUAAAAGACUUGGGGAGAAAAAACUCUGGGUUCUUCGCUAGUACUCACGAGCAGAUACGGCAGGAGCGGCUUUUUGAACAGCAGCUGAAGCACGAUUUUGACGAAAAUUUGCGAAAAGUGGAAGAAUCUAGAACGGAAGAGGGUUCGGAGACUUCCAACGGUUCAGAAACCUUUCAGAAUUCGAAAAAGGAAAAUGGUGAAAAGAGUAAAAAUCUAUCGCUCAAUUUAAGUGACAAGAAUGACAGUGGGUUCGUGACACCAAUGACACCGGAGAAGGAAGACCAGAAGUUGGAAACCUCUUCAAUUGUAUCGCAUCCGUUGAGUGAUUGUGAUGUUGUUAUUAAGUUCGAUGGGCAGUCCACGAAACUGAAGCAGAUACGGCCUUUCCGACAUCAUUAA